AUGGCAGGGCUUCGGAUCCACUCGGUGCUGGUGACUGGGGCCAACCGGGGCAUCGGCCUGGGGCUGGUCCAGCACUUCCUGGGGAUGCCAACACCCCCCCAGUGGGUCUUUGCAGCCUGUCGGGCCCCGACGGGGCAGCGGGCGCAGGAGCUGCAGCGUUUGGCCUCCAAGCACCGCAACCUGGUCAUCAUUCCGCUCGAAGUCACCGACCCUGCCAGCAUCAAGGCAGCUGCAGCCCAAGUCGGGGAGCACUUGGGGGGCUCGGGGCUCACCCUCCUCAUCAACAACGCGGGAAUGGUGAUAUUGAAUGCACUUGAUAAUGAGACGAUGGAGGACAUGACCCGCGUUUACACCACCAACACGAUUGGGCCCCUGUUGAUGGGCCAGGCAUUCUUGCCCUUGCUGAAGGAGGCUGCGCAGGGCAGCCCAGGCUCAGCACUGAGCUGCAGCAGGGCAGCCAUCAUCAACAUGUCCAGCAGUGGAGGCUCCAUUGUGGAAGUCACUUUAUUUGAUAUGGCACAGGUUGUCUCAUACCGCUGUAGCAAGGCUGCUCUGAACAUGCUGACCAAGUGCCAGUCCUUGAGGUACAAGGAAGAUGGUAUCCUCUGCGUUGCUCUCCACCCUGGAUGGGUGCAAACUGACAUGGGGAACAUAGAGGACGCUGGACCACAUAAGCCACCCAUCACGGUGGAUGAGAGCGUGCGAGGGAUGCUAAAGGUGCUCUCCUCCCUCUCCGAGAAGGACACCGGCACCUUCCUCAGCUGGGAAGGGAAUGUCAUUCCCUGGUGA